AUGGUUAACGAUAAAGAAUCCAGUAUUGAGUUCAGAGAACUCGCAAUAAAAUACUACUCGGAAGGGGUUUGUUUGGGUGAAAUAGCUAAAAUUCGAAAAGGGAGUAAAUCAACUGUUAAAAAUUUUAAGAAAACUGGUUCUGUUCGAUACAGGAAAAAAACUGGGUGGCCUAGAAAAUUGGACAAACGUGAAGAAAGACAAGUUUUAAAAAAAAUAAGGCAAAAUCCUAAGUUCACUGGUAUCAAAAUAGCUAAAUCAGUUUCAGAAAGCUAUAAGAAAGAUGUUUAUAGUCGUACAAUUCAAAAAAUACGAGUAUUAAACAUAAGUGGUUUUCGUGCCUAA